CUCGUACGCUCCCCUCCUCUGGCCCAGACAGAGAUGACGGCUGACGAUCGGAGCACAGGUGGCGAUACUACCGAUCGGCCAAACGCGCAGGCUUCUUCGUCCUCGUCUGUCUCCUCAACACACUCCUCCUCCUCUUCCUCCUCCUCCGACCCUGCGAGCUCACGCGGUCUCACUGUAGGCAUCACCAAUGUCAAUACUAGCAUGCUCAGUCGCCUCGAUGUAGGCAAAGACAACGGCGAUGCCGAGGCCCUGAAUGACCUCAACGUCGUCGAGUCGUACGAAGCUCACCUCCGUCAGAACCCGCGCCGGUUCAUGGAGCAACUCCUCGCCGCUUGGAACGGCUCGGGCUGGAGGGGCUACACGGACUACAUUGGUGCUCGUAUUCUCGAGCCUGGCCAAUCCGACAAGACGGCCAAGGUGGUGCUUUCCAGUGCGAAUGUGCAAGACCGUAUCCUGACGCUGGCAAAGACGAGGACUGAGACGCUCUUUCCGCAACACACGAUUGACUCGCAGACCUCUCCGCAGAGACGCAAGGAGUUUCAGAGGGCGAAGAAUAGACUGAGGAAGAAGCUAGAGGAACAGUUGACCGAUAUGGCUCAGUCGCAGAUCAAUGUCUCCAUUGGUCGAUUGGACUCGCUGAGUUUCAUCAAGGUCUUUGCCGCCUCGGUGAACAAUAUCCUCACGCGCAUGUACCACCGGGGCAUUCAUAUCAAUGUGCCACAGGUGCUGGAGCUGAGGAGAGUAGCUCAGCAGGCGGCAGAAAAGAAACAGAGCAUUAUCUUUCUGCCGUGUCACAAGAGUCAUAUUGAUUAUCUGACCAUCUCGUGGCUGCUCUUCAGAGUGGGACUCAGCUUGCCGGCAAUCGUUGCGGGAGAGAAUCUCGACCUGCCCGUCGUUGGAAACAUCCUACGAGGUGGUGGUGCCUUCUUCAUCCGCCGCACCUUCUCCGGCGACCACCUCUACCCAGUCGUCAUCCGCGAGUACAUCGAGGAGCUGCUACAAGGAGGAAGGAACAUCGAGUGCUUCAUUGAGGGGACACGGUCACGUACAGGCAAGCUGCUCCCGCCGAAGCUUGGUAUCCUCAAGUACAUCGUAGAGGCGCUACAGACGGGACGCACAACGGACUGCUGGAUCUGCCCCGUCAGUCUGCAGUACGAUUCAGUCAUUGAGAGCGAGACAUAUGUGACUGAGCUGCUUGGCAAGCCCAAGGAGCAAGAGUCGCUACUAGGUCUCCUGUCUGGCUCUGGAUCACUGCUAUCACUUAAGCUGGGGAGGAUCGAUGUCCGUUUCCAGAAGCCUUGGUCGCUCAAGGAAUUCAUCGACGAGCAGAUGGAGCGGCGAAAGAUACAAUUUGACAGUGCAGGAGGACAGACGCAGAAGGUCGACUUCGCAGAGAACAACGAGCACAAGACGCUAUUGCUCAAGGCCCUUGGGUACAAGGUAAUGGGCGACAUCAACAGGACUAGCGUCGUGAUGCCUGCUGCCCUCGUCGGCACUGUCCUCUUGACACUUCGAGGCAGGGGUGUCGGUCGGGCUGCCCUCGAACGCAAAGUUGAGUGGCUGCGGGGAGCCAUCAUCGAAAAAGGCUACCAGGUGGCGGACUUUGGCCAGAUGUCCGUGUCUGAAGUAGUCGAGAGAGCUUUGGGUUUGAUGAAGAAUCUCGUCGAAAUACAGACAGACGUGAUGGAAGUGACCAUCCUGCCGGCCAAGAGAUUCGAGCUGAGCUUCUAUCGCAAUCAGGUCAUUCACGUCUUUGUUGAGGAGUCGAUCUUAUGUGCUUCGUGCUACACAAAGAUCAAGCAAGGUGGCACUGCCCCGAUGCAGACCAUGACUCGCGCUGCAAUCCUUCGCGAAACGGCUUUCAUCUCGGGGAUCUUGCGCAACGAGUUCAUCUACGGCACAUCGGGCGCCGAGACCAAUGUGAAUCGCACACUUGCUGCUCUGAUAAAGCAAGAGGUACUCGAGGAGACGAGUGCUACAGGGGACGAGGAGGGUGAAACGAGAAUUGGACUUCACAGACUGGAGAGGGAGAGGGGUCGCGACACCUUUGACUCGUUCCUCUUCCUCAUCUGGCCCUUCAUCGAGAGCUACUGGGCUGCGUGCUGCUCCUUAUUACUUCUCGCUCCACCUCGCGAACAGCAGAAGCGUCCUCUACAAGGAGGAGCUGGAGAAGAGGGGGAGAGAGAGAUUUUGUGGUUCGCAGCAAAGGACUUUGAGAAGAAGGCUCAGCUCUUUGGCAAGACGCUUUAUCAACAGGGAGAGAUUGCCUACCUCGAAGCGAUCAAUGCAGCUACACUUUCGCAGGCGUUUGGCAGGAUGGAGGAGCUAGGGUUGGUGUUACGCAAGAAGUCUGACUCGGUGAAGCCCAUCCCUUUGAUCGCCAUCUCCCCAGAGUACACACCGAUGUACGUCUUCCCUCCCACUCCCUCUUCAUCCUCCUCCUCCUCCUCCUCCUCUGCAACACCAGCACCACCUCCCUCUAGCAACUCCCCCCUCCCCCUCCCUUCCCAACAUCCCAACAGUCUUCCCCGCCUCUGGGACUUCCUAGAGCACCUCUCCUCCUUUCGUCGAGAGGGCAAGGAGCGUCGUGAGACUUCUCCUGCCAAUGAGAGGAUCAUCAUGAGACAUGUAAUGGCGGAUGAUUCGAGAGUGGUGGAGAGGAGUUGGGUGUGGGUUGAUAGAGAGGGAAUGCCUGUUAGAGGUGGAGCUAAGGGGAGAGCGGGAAGACAGGAGGAAGGGGGCGCGAGAUUGUAGGCUGGAGCUAGCUCGGCCUUGGCCUGAAGCACAGGGAUCUUUACUUUUGAAAGUUUGCGUGUAUCAAAUGUCAUCCUAUUCAGUUUGAAGAAGAGGAACGGAGGUGCUGCUAAACCGCCUAUGGCGUGUCUACAAUUGCUACCCAGAAUGGCUCGACUCAGG